AUGUUGGUAACCGGAUUCAAUCCAAACAGAACAGUCCUGGGGAGCUUGUCGUCGUUAUGGGGGUCGAGUAGAGAUCCUGUCCUUGAGAAACAGAAGCGGGGAAGAGAUUCUAAGUUAUCUCAGACUUCCACACAAGGGAAGCUGAGAAAUGAAACCACGGAAGCGGGCGAAGUCUCUGAAAGAAGAGGGUUCAUCGGAAAGGAAGCAAAAGCGCCGGAGAAAAUUCAAAAAAUUCAAAAACCAGCGGCGGGGCGCGGUUUUCAAAAAAGAGGUUGCGGCGGAGGAGCGGCGGGGCUCUGGAAGCAAGAAAGUGGUUGCGGAGGGGCUGACACACGCGGGAAAGAGUUAAUGCUCAUCGGGAACCGUGCAUGGGAGAGAAACUCUUUCUCAAAAGAUGGUAACUAA